GGUCUUCUCCCACAUGGGACAUCUCCAAUUGCAACUGCAGCAGGCGGAUUGUAUAUCCUCUUGCCAGUCGUUGCUUUCAACUUGUCGGCGCAAGAUGUGCAAAGGUCUGGGCUUUAGCACCGGCUUUAUAGCGCUUUGUGCAUUCAUCUGCUGCUUUGGUGCCUUGCACAUGCUCAACAAGAUCGUGCACAUCAACGAAGAGAUGGCGGCCCGCACCGAAUACAAACUGUCACCGCCUGAUGGUGGCGAUCGCUGUCAGCGUACGUUCAUUGUGGAUAAUGCGGGCAGUGCGCAUCUUACAUGGCUGGAGCUUUUCUAUAUGAAGUGGACGCUGGUGUUGACCAUUUUCUAUACGUUCAUUGUGAUGGUGCUAAUACGCGCCCAGUACUUGAGUCACUUUGAUAUUAAUUUCAUUACCUCCAAUGCGAUGAUGCUAGUCGGCGGCGUUCUCUCUGUGGUCCUCUUCAUAGCCACGGUCAUACUGCACGAGCGUACGCCCUUUAUGGAGGUCUGGUGCAAUGAGUUUAUAGUCGGAUUCAUGUACUUCAUAGCUAUCAAUAUAUGCGUUGCUGUCGUCUUCUUCUUGAUCCAUUCCUGUCAAUAUUAUUUCCAGUUAGAAGAGCACGCCUUUUGAAACUCAAAAC